AAAAAACAUUUUCAGGGCAUCAAUGCUAAUGCUGUCCGCGAGCGCAUAGAGGAUGUGAUCAUCAAAGCUUUCAUUGCUUGUGAAAAGCCUAUAAGAGAUCACAUGGUCCGACACAUUCACUACGGUUUCAUUUGCCAUGAAUUGUUUGGAGUAGACAUUCUGCUUGACGAGGAUCUUAGGCCUUGGCUUUUGGAGGUCAACAUUUCGCCUUCUUUGCAUUCCGGAACGUCACUGGAUGUCUCUGUAAAAGCACCAUUAGCAAAAGAUGUGUUAAAUAUGGCUGGCAUUUGCGUUCCUCCUAGCCCUGAUCAGCUAGCUACGGCAGAUUAUAGCACGAAACCUCGAAAUUGGCCAAAAGAGGAGGAGCACGUCCAGACAGAAUACGGUAUCCUUUAA